UUUUCUAUUUCAAAACGGCAAGAGGCAGAAAGUCUUUUGAAUCUUUAUUUGUUGCAUGAAAGGUCAACAGUCUUACAGGUUUGCUGCAGAGUGCGACAUUCAUCCAAUCAUAAUGCACACUCAAGAUAUGUGUCCAUUUAAGAUAUCCAACGAUGUCCCCUACAUGUGUUUCUAAGUAUUUAAUGCAAAUUAUUGUCAUAGAAGCUAUGUAUAAAAUAGCAUUUCUCAUCUCACACGUGUCUUGCACAUAAUAUUUAAUGCAUUUAGCAGACGCUUAUAUCCAAAGCGACUUACAAUGCAUUCAGGAAUCGAACCCUCGGCCUUAUGUGCUGCUAAUGCAAUGCUCUACCACUGAGCCACAGGACCAUACACACAUUAAAUAGAUGUCCUGUUAUCUCUCAGCUCAUCAAAAACUCAAGCAUAUUGAUUAAGCAUUCUAUAGUAGAGCACAGAAAACAAAGCAAAUAAUAAUAAGAUAGAGUAAUACAAUUUCCUCCAAAUUAUGAAAGCAAAUGAUGAAAGUCUCCCAGACGCAGGGUGGCGGUAAUGUAAAAUAGCGUCUGAUUCACUUUCAGAGAAUCGGUUCACUUCAUUGAACAGGUUCUCUGAUUCACGUUCAGCGAAUCGGUUCACUUCAUUGAACAGGUUCACAGAAGCCCCGCGCCAAAUUUAACGUCUUAUUUGUGCACCUGAACAAACAAGUAGUUACAUACCACCGUUUAACCACCAUAUUUCCGAAUACAUCUGAUUGAAAAUGAAAAGUGUUUUCGCUAAGAGUCGAGUGAUUCAAUCGAAUCGGUUCGACCGAAUCCUCAAUACGAUUCUCAUUCGCGAAUCACUAGUGCAGGAAGGCGAGAGUUCAAGUUGUUUGACUUGCACAUGCAGCUCUGAUGUAAACGAAUAUUAUGUUUAAAGCUCUUUUUAAAGCGUGGAAAUCCUACAGGCACAGAUUUGUCCCCUGGAUAGCGUUAAAUCUGCAGAAAAAUGAGAGAACUCUUCGUCAGGUGAAGGAUCCGGCGCGAGAUAAGUUAGUCGAGGAUGAGAAGGUGUUCGGAUCUCUCGUGUGUUUAUUCACUGAACUCCUGAAAAACGAUCUGAAGGAUCAAAGCGAGCUGCUCCGGUUCCUCUCUCAGUCGAAACGCGACAAGUACACUAAUGUUCAGAAUGGAGCACGCGAUGCUCCCUGCGCACUCGCACUGAACGCUCUGGGCUUCCGGCUCGAGCGGAAGCGCAGCUCUCUGCAGUUGGCGGGAAGCGGCGUGUUUGUUACGCAGGGACACGUGCCGGAAGGAAGUAUUGUAGCAAUGUAUCCAGGAACCAUCUAUCAGGCGGAUGAGCCCAUCUUCUUCCAGUCGAUCAGAAAUCCGUUUGUAUUCCGAUGCAUCGACGGCGUUUUGAUCGAUGGCAACGACAGAGCGAUCUCUAAGAUAGUGUACCGAUCGUGUAGCGGACGGGACCGAUUUGGCCCCUUCUGUCUGAGUGACUGCUCCUGGCUGACCUCUGACCCUGUGAACCCUCUCGCCGUGGGACAGUAUGUCAACAACUGCUCUAACGAAAAAGCAGCGAACGUCUGCUAUCAGGAGUAUGACGUGCCUGAAGGGUUUCCUCUUGAGCUCCGUCAGUACCUGCCCAAUGUAAACUACAGAGCUGACACUCAAAGACCUUUGCGCUGUGUAGUUCUUGUGUCACUGAGAGAUAUUAAUUGUGGUGAAGAGCUCUUCUCCAACUACUACACAAUUGUGCAUUAAAUAGAUUUGAUAAAAAAUAAAAAAAAAC